UUUUAAUUAAUCAUUUUUUUAUUCGUUUGUAUCAGGACAAACAUAAUUUUAGGAAUGAUGACAUAUGAUAAGAAAUUUAGCGGGGACCGUGGCGAGAAUAGAAAAUAUAUUUGGAUCUAUACUGGAUGGUUAUUAAUAUUUGGAUUUGUGAUAACAAUAAGCGAAUUUUAUUAUAAAAUUAAAAAUAUGCAAUUCUUAUGGCCAGUAAGAAAUUCUGACGAUCCAACAAACCGUAUUCGUAAUUGUAUUCCCGAUGAUGUUAUUGAAAAUUUACCUGUUGUAACAUGGGAUGAAUUCAAUAAAAGAGUUAUGACAGGAGCGAAUUUAGUUGUAGCAGAAGGAUUAGUAUUUGAUAUACAUAGAUGGAUCACACUACAUCCAGGAGGACAAAAAAUCCUACAACGUGUUAUAGGAACAGACAUAACAAACGAUUUCUUUUAUGAUCCAACAGUAAAAACAAUGAUCCAAAAUAAUUUUAAAGAUUAUAAUGAUUAUGAUGUUGAAAAAUCUAGUAUAUCGGUACUAACGGAUGAUACAUAUAAGGAGAACAGGCAAAGUUUUAUUAAGAGUAAACCUUAUAGUGUGGCAAAUGCUGUCGAUAGAAUUAAUGCCAUAGCAUUUAAAAAUCGUAGAGUUGCAAGACAUCGCCAUUCUAAAUUUGCUACUUCGAAAUUAGCUAGUAUGGUGGUUUCUAGAAUAUCAAAUUUGGAAGAUAAUUCUUUUCAACCACAACAGUUUAACGAGAAAGAAUUACAACAACCAUCUCCUUAUAUUUUCAGAAGAUAUAUUUUAUCAAAUAUUGAAGUUGUAACUAGAUCUAAUGCUGAAACUCUAGUAAAAAAAUUAACAUUUCAAAUUAUUCAUCCAGAUGAUAUAUUACCAAAAUUCCUUCCGGGUGAUUACAUUGAAAUUAUGAGUUAUGUCAAUAAUCAUGUCAUCAUUAGACCUUACACCCCACUUCAAGGGCCGAGUGAAAAUAGUUUUUGUAUACUUGUAAAAAUAUACAAAGAUGGUAUUAUGACUCAACAUUUGGACAAACAAUUAAGAAAUUUCGAGGUCAAAGUGAGAGGUCCAUUUGAUAUAGCAGAUAGAAGGACAUAUUUGUCAGCACCUUCACCAAUAUUAGACUCUAUAACUAGGCCUUCGUCAGCAAAUUCACACACUCGCACACUCAGUAGAUUGCACAUGGAUUAUAUAAAAAGACCAAGCGGUAUUGACAAUAAUCAAAUGAAUAAUAUUCUUGGUAAAAGAAGUGGAAUAUUGUUGAAUAAGGAAAGAGAAGAUUUAUGUUGGGAUUGUUUGUUUAUGGUUUGUGGUGGAACUGGAAUUACUCCAAUGUUACAAUUGAUACAAUAUCAUAUUGAAAAAGCAAAUUCCAACUUCGAGCUAUAUUUAUUGGCAGCAUUUGAUAAAAUAGAAGAUUUAAUUUGUCCAAAAUAUUUAGAUUAUUUACGUCAGAAACUUAAAGAAGGACAAGGAAAACUUGAAGUCAAAUAUAUUUUAUCCAAACCACCGCCUACUUGGAGAGGUGAUAGUGGAUCAAUUGAUGAAGUAUUGUUGUACGAUUGGAUCAGAGAAAACUAUUCGACACCACCACCAGCAAUCCCGCCAAAAAUUUCUAAUUAUGGUGGAAGUAAUUUUACGAGCAAUUUGACACAUGGUAUUCAAAACAUGCAAAAUAUGAAUGCUCAUAAUUAUUUAAAUCCAAAUAAUUAUAAUGUGAAUAAUAAUCCUAUACAAGAAGUUAGUAAAAACAACGAAAAUUCGAAGCAUGAACAACAAAAUAACGUACCUUUAACUCCUAAAAAUAGACCUGCACCUAUCCAGAUUCCACCCCAUAAUAAUUCAAUAGAUCGACAGUAUAAUCAAACUUCACCAUCUUAUUCUUCUUCGCCUUAUUCUUCUUCACCUUUAAAUAAUAGUCCAGCUAUAUUAUUAAUGAAUGAAAGACAUAAUUAUAUGAGUUUAUUUGCUAGAGAUAAUUCUAAACAAGUUAAAUUAGUUGUGUGUGGUAGUAAUCACUUUAAUAGAAGUAUUAGGAAAAAUUUGGAAAAAUUGGUAUUUCCAAUUGAUGAAAAGGCAUUAUUUAUUGAAUAAUUUUAAUGCUAAAAAUCACUUUACUUACAAAACUAAAUAAUAAUACUAACCUAGUAUAUUUACUUUGACUUACAUAUAUUUUAUUUAUGCAUACAUUAUAUUAUAAAUUAUAU